AUGACUUCUCCUAACAUUGCUGUUGCAAAUCCGCUAAUGACAAAGAUGUCUGAUAGGACUGCUUUAGCGGAAUUUUUGCAAGAACGUCGUCGUGCGAUGAAUAAAUCUAUGCAGGAUUCUAAUGGUGGAGAUGGACAGCCGCAACUUCCGGGACAAGUGUCUGCUACGAUCAUGGCGAAAAAUCCUCCGGUCAAUGCAGUUUUCCAUUCUGAAGAGAAAAACGAAACAAAUGGACAUAAUUCUCAACAUGACAACUAUAAAUCAAUUCGGACUCCUCCAGAGGAUCCACAUAUGAAUAAUGGGCAUGGUAGUGAAGAAAUGCAUCCGCCUGAGCCUACGCUUAUUAAUUUUGGGUAA